AUAUUUUAAAAUUUGUUUUUGUAACUGAAAUCGUAUAACGCUGUUGGAAGUUUAUUUUCAAUUAUUUUGUGGAUUUGUGGUUUAAUUUGAAAGUUUUUUUGCGUAUAUAAAUAUAACCCUUUCUGUCCCAUCAUGACAAAUAAUACUUUAGAAAGUCCUCCUUUAUUUUUAGUUGAAGAAAGAAUAAAAACAUUUAAGAACUGGCCGUUUAGUGACAAAAAUAAAUGCAAUGUGCGAAACAUGGCUGAAGCUGGUUUUUAUUCAGUAGCGACGGGUGCUGAUGAUGCUGAUGCUGCCAAAUGCUUUCUAUGUGGAAAAGAGUUGGAUGGUUGGGAAGCUAGUGAUGACCCUUGGGCGGAGCACAAGAGCCAUGCUAUGAAAUGUGCCUUCGUUCAGAUGGGAAAAAAAGAAGAUGAACUGCUUCUCUCAGAGUUCCUGUCAGUCAUCAAACAGUACAUGAUUAAUGAAACCAAGCGUAUUGCGGAGUUGGCCAAAGAAAGAGUUGAUGAAAAGGCUAAGGCUGUGCGCAGAAGAUGCCUAGGAAGGAAAUGAGAUAUGUAAUUAUAUUAUGUACUCUUUGAUAUAAAUUUUGGCCAGUGUGAAUACGAGUGGCCUGUAUAGGUACUAGGUAUAUUGCUGAUAAUGAUGAUUUAGGAUUAUUGUUACUAAAUGUACUGACUGAAUGUGAAUGUAUUAAUUAAAUGAUUGUUGUGGUA